AUGAUAUGUGGUGAUCUGUAAGAGCCAAUUGGACCCGUUCAGAACCUUUAACAGAAAGCAGUGCGGGCGGAACACCGAGCUGGAACCGGACCUUGGACCUUAAAAUGUGAUAUAUGAAUUCCAGCUGCUACGGAGCCAGCAGCGUCCAGGAGCCGCUGAGGACACAGAGACAGAGGGACAGACAGGGAUCCCGCUCGAUUUGCCACAACAUUAUGUCUAUUAUUAAAGAAGAUGAUUCAUAAUUUUAUCCUCAACCAAAAAGAGAUUUCUGUUCUGGACCAGAGGGAAACAGAAUCUCCACAAACCAGAGGGACAGCAGAGGAACCAGAGCUUGAACAAGUAAAACAAGAAAAGUUUGGAUCAGAACCUAUGAAGAUAGAAGACCACAUGGUACUGAAGCAAGAGACAGAUACCUUAAUAGGAACAGUUUCUGGAUCUCUAGAUAUAAAAGAAGAACCAGAGGAACUUACACAUGUAAAAGAAGAGGAGUUUGGAUCAGAACCUAUGGAGAUUAUGAAGAAAGAAGACCACAUGGUUCUAAAGCAAGAGUCAUAUACCUUAAUUGGAACAGUUUCUGGAUCUACAGAUAUAGAACUAGAGGAACUAGAACUGAAACAAAUGAAGGAAGAUGCUCAUGAAUCAGAAUAUCAGCAGGUGGUAAAGAUUGAGGUUGAAGACAUCAGUCUGGAUGAAAACCAAGAUGCAAUGAAGCAGGAGACUGAUACAUUAAUAGGAAAAUAUUCAGGAUUUUAUGAAAUCAAAGAGGAACCAGUAGAACUAGAAGCUAACAAACUGAAGGAAGAGGAGCAUGGAGCAGGACCUCAGCAGACGGCAAAGAAAGAGGCUGAUGGCAGCAGUCAGGAUGAAAACCAGGAUGUACCGAGGCAGAAGACUGAUACCUUAAAAUUAAUGGCUUCCGAUGUUGAAACAGACAACCAACAGCCUGAACUUAAUAGAAACCAAAUCGUCUUUCAGAACUCUCCUAAAGCAGAGCAUCAUCAGGAAAUAAAGACCAGUGAAACCUCGGGAUCCAGCAGAGUUAAACGGCAACAGAAGAGAGCUCAGAAAACCAGAGGUCAAAGUAACAAUGUAGAGAAAGGGAAGAAGGACAAGGAGAUUCACAAAGGGAUGUCGGGAUACAGCUCAGGGCAGUGCAACACCCCACCAGGUGUUCCACAGCAGAGACCAAAUGAUAGAACAUCCACCAGUAUGAUCCAUUGCGUUCGGUAUCUAAUCAUGGUUGCAAUGAUGGAACCACACAGAUGGCCGGCGAAGACGUGCAGCUUUUGAAAGAACUUGCCAUCCAAAAGAUUACUUCAGUGCUCGCUGAAGAACUUGUGGUGGUGAAGGAUCUGUCCAGAGAUGUGCAGUUCAUCAAGAAAGAGUUGGCUGAGGGCAACAUGACACCAGGUGGUACCCAGGAACCAGCCACUGCAUCCCUUAUGCUCCCCUUCCAGCUGCCAAUCGCCAGUGAAUAAGAUGGAGUCAUUACUGAUGGAAGAAUCAGUCUGUCAAAAGAUGGUCAUUUUUAUCAAAUGUAGAUCAUUUCAGUGUUGUCUUAAUCGUUCUUCCUAUGGGAAAAUGUGUUUAACUCAAAUUCUAGUCUAAAAGUUCCAAAUGUGUCACAGAGCUUGUAGAUUUAUGAAACGUUUUGAAAUUGUCCAAUAUACCGUUUACAUAUUGACAUGAUCAAAAUUGGGAUCAGGAGAGUUAAUGUAGUUAAACAAAAUGACUGUCAUGAACAUGAAUGAACACCAAUAUCAGUGACUGGAUAAAGUACCAAACUAUUUGGUCGCUCUGUGUUCAUACAAUAAAUGAUGACAUGCUGUUCUUAACGCAGUGCCUUCAUUUUCUUCUCUCUGAGUGAGACUGCUCGCAUGGCUUUGGUAGGAGGCACCAAUUCAGAUAACCUGAUGAGAUGGAUGUUGGCAGCUGCUAUGACCAGCACCCUGGCCAGCCGGCUGAACUGGGCUGGAAAGAAAGACAUGCGUUGUUCAGAAAGCAAGAAGCCAUUCAAGGACACAACACUACAGCACUCCAUGUUUGUUGCUGCUGUUCAACAGUUUAACCCAAAGCUGACUGACAAGGACUACAGCAAAACUGUCAAGAAGUGGCUUUGUUAUGCGCCAGAGCGGGAGGGAGGCAUCCCAAGGAACCAAACCCAAGUCAAGCGAACCAGAGUCAAACUUAGGAUUAGUGCAACGGAGGACCCCGGAAUGCAGACAAGCAGGCAGCAUGACGACAUAUCUACCUGUGCAUCUGAUAAGAUCCAGGGUGGAACAACAGCUAGCGGGAGUAUUGGACUCAUUACUAUAUUUUGUACAUGAAAUUCUUCUGUUAUUUUUUUAAUGAUCCAUCUAAAACUUCUUGUCUCUUUUUUAACUUUUUCCCAGCAUGUCUUCAAGAUGUCUUGUGUUGGAUGAUCCAGGUUAUUACCUUGUAAAUUUACCCAGUAAUUUAUCGUUAAUUAAGUUCUCCUUACAUCUAACAGCAUUUCUCCCAUUUGUACUUCGAGUUGUUGGGGUUGUUUUAAAAGCUCCAGUACAAAGUCUUAAUGCUUAAUGUUGAAUAAUAUCUCAUUUUUCCAGAUGUGUCUUUGCUGCUGAACCAUAUAUAAUACUUCCAUAAUCUAUAUUUGAUCGGAUCAAUCCUGUGUAAAUUUGUUUUAACGCUUCCCUGUCUGCUCCCCAGUCACUGCCAGCCAAACAUCUCAUAAUAUUUAAUACUUUCUUACAUUUGUCAAUCUUUUUCUGAAUAUGUAUAUUCCAUAGAAUUUUCUCAUCAAACCAUAUUCCUAGAAACUUUAUUAUUUAACUUGUUCUAAUUCUUGAUUAUAUAAUUUUAUUUCCUCUCUUGUUUUUUUACCGUGUAAAUACCAUAACUUUUGUUUUCUUGACUGACAACUUGAAUCCCCAUUGAGAAGCUCACUCCUCUAUCCUUCUUAUCUCAGCCUGUAUUUUCUUUCCAGUUUACAUUUUUCCUCCUUUUCCAUAUGGCUCCAUCAUCUGCAAAAAGUGAACAUCCAAUUUCUUUCCAAUGUCUGCGAAUACAUCGUUUAUCAUUAUAGUGAACAAUAUUGGACUUGUAAUACUACCUUGAGGUGUUCCAUUUUCUACGACAUAUUUUGUUGAUAUUUCUUGAUCUAUUUUAACUUGAAGAGUUCAAUUUGUUAAAAAGUUUUGAAUCCAGUAAAACAUUUUCCCAGUAAUUUUCAUUUGAUUUAAUUUAAUCAAUAACCCUUCAACCCACAUCAUGUUAUAAGUUUUCUCUAUGUCAAAAAAUACAGCUACUACACUUUUUUUAUUAACUUGCGCUCUUCAGAUUUCAUGUUCUAAACAUAACGUUGGGUCAUUCAUAUUUCUCUCUUUUCAAAAACCACUUUGAACUUUAGUAAUGUACCUGUUCAUAUUCAAAUAAUAUGUUAAUCUAUUAUUAAUCGCGUUUUCCAUUAUUUUGCAAAUAUUAGACGUUAAAGCAAUGGGUCUAUAAUUUCCUGGUUUAGUUGUUGGUUCGAUGAUUGACUCCUUCCAGCUCUGAGGCAGCUCCUCCUCCUCCCAGACUUUAUUAUAAAGCUCUAAUAUGACGUCUUUAGAUGUUUCACUCAGAUGUUGUAUCAUUGUGGAUCAGAUGUGAUCUUUACCAGGUGCUGUUUUCUGUAUUUUUCUGAGUACAGAGUUUGGUUCAGCUUUUGUAAACGGUUCAUUCAUUAAGUUAUUUGUUUCUUCAGUAUUCUGUAGUAAAUCUUUGUAUUCCCUCCCUUUCCUUCCCUCAUCACUGAUGUUACUGGAACUAUGAAUUUUACCAAAUGUUUCAGCUAGUAUUUCAGCUUUUUCUUCAUCUUUUACUAUAGUAAUCUAUUUUUAAUAUUGGAUAUCCAUAUUCUUUCUCAAAACCAUUCAUUCUAUUAAUCAUUUUUCAUAUUCUGUUGAUUUUUGUUUCUCUUCCUAUUGUACUACAAAAGUUCCUCCAAUAUUCUAUUUUUGCAUUCCUAAUAAUUUUCCUUCUCUUUUCUUUUAUAUUCAAUGAAGUUCUGAAAUACUGGAUUUAUUUUAAGUGCUUUAAAUGCUUUAUUUCUUAACUUUAUUACUUCUCUACAUUCACUUGUCCACCAUGGUACCAUUCUCUUAUCGCACCGUCUUUCUCCUUUCUUUAUUGAAUUUUCUGCAGCUUCUAUAAUUGUUUUACAAACACUUUCAUUUAUAUUAUUUACAUCAACUGUCAUGUCUAUUUUUCCUAGAUUAUUUUCACUCAAAUAUUGAAAUUGAAUCCAGUCUGCCUUAUUAAAAUUCCAUUUAUUUAUUUUUAUAUUCUUCAUAUUUAAUGUUAAUCCUAUUCUGAUCUUAAUGAGAUAAUGAUCACUUCCUAUUGUUGUAUUUUUAUCAAUAUCCCACUCACAUAUACCAGCUAACGAAUUUGAUACCAAAGUUAAAUCAACGUGACUUGCGUAGAAAGUUCUAAACUCAACUCUCACACCAUAAGAGAGCAACAGGACCAGUGCUCAUGCACAUUAGUAUUAUUAUUGUUAUUAUUCAAACGUAUUAGAGUAUUUGUUUUGUGUUGACACGUUUUUCUGCUUUUGUUUACACUGACAUAAUAGGUAACAUUAAAUAUAGACGGUCAGAUAAUAUGACAGCUGAUAUCACAACUUGUUCUCAUGUCACUUAUAGUAAAAGACUAAAUAAUUCAGCCAAACUGUUUCUGAUGACGCUUUACCUCCUAAAAUAAAUAAAAGGUAACAUUUGACCACAAACAUCCUGAUUAUUAUUGAAAUAUACAUGGUCACAAUUGAUGGUUGAUUCACCAUCAAUUGUCGACCUGACCCAAAAAUCAACCUUUCUGACGUUAAUUCAACAUUAAAUUAACAUAAUUUGCUAUCUGGGAGAUGAUGAUGAGAAAUAUGAAGAAACCUGUUGUGCAGGACUUAAAAAUAAAGGGAUUAAUAUGUAGAAUCAUAGGGAACAGUUGAGGGAACCCUUAGAUUGAAAUGUUUAAAUUCCAGACAAUAUGCUUUAGCGAUAUUUAAUAUUUUUAAAAGGGGAUUUUACAUUUUAUUUAAAAUUUUGUUUCUGAGUAACAUCCGGAACAGCAGGUGGCGGUAAUGCGCCAUCAGG